AUGUCCGACUCGAAAGUAUUGCACCUCGUUAUCCGUCGCCUUGCAGAUUGGUCUCUCUGGUCGUUCUUCACAGAAGUACGUGUAAUUGGAGGCGAGCGCGUUCCGCUGGAUGGGCCAAUCAUUGUCACUGCCACCCACCAUAAUAUGAUGAUCGAUCCUGCUAUCCUUUCGUCGAGCUUCCCACACAGGCGUGUUCUACACUACUGGAGUAAAGCAUCACUUUUUGCGAACCCAGUCCUUUCUUGGGUGCUUCGCUCGUCUGGCAAUAUUCCUGUCGACCGAAAGUCGAAAGACCGUCAAGUUCUAUUCCGGGGAACCAUCGAAGCGCUUGCACGGGGCGAUGCAGUUGCGCUUUUCCCGGAGGGCACGUCUUACACAGAGCCGAGGAUCAUGCAGGUAAAGGAUGGCGCUGCCUGGGCUGCACUAGAAUACACCAAGUGGGCGGCGGAGAACGGAGUGAAGGGCCCCGGGGUCCAGAUCAUCCCUGCCGCUAUCGUGUAUACGAAUAAGUCCAAGUACCGAAGCAGCGUGAUUAUGAACUUUGGUGAACCGGUUUCGAUGGAUGAGUUCAAGGAACAAUUCUUUUCGGGUUUAGAAGGGGCACCACGCGCAGCGGCAAAGCGCCUCACACGUGCAAUCGAGAGGGAGCUGGUCGAGGCAACCAUCAAUGCUCCUGACUGGGAUACCCUUUACAGUGCUCGAAUGGCAAGAGACCUUCUCUGGGAAGAUGAGCGCUCGAUCGACCUGGAUGAAUUUGUCACGAUUUCACAAACUCUAGUUGAUCUUUUUUCCACAACAGAUGCUACUCCAAACUUCUCGACUGUUCGACGUCAUCUUCUGGGAUACUACUCGCUUCUUCAAUCUACUAAUCUUACAAACUCCGUCUUGUCCUCACUUCCACUUCCGCCAACGCUAUCUCCAUCUCAUCCGACCCCCCUUCCUUCACGUUUGUUGACACUCUCUAUCCUUAUACGUGACACGCUUGCUGCCCUGACUCGGCUUCCCUUCUUCCUCUUUCCGCUCUUACUUCACACACCAGUAUAUGUCAUGGGUCGAAUUGGAGCUCGGUUGGUCGAGCACGAAGAGGAGACUCAGGCACAGAACAAGGCCGUUUUUGGCUUGUUAUCGUGCAUGAUGAUUUACCCUGCUACGUUCUGGGCGCUCUGGGCGAUGCUCUGGUACACAGGCACUGGUGCUCUCGUGGCAGCGUUCACAGUCUGGGCAUUUGCAUAUUAUCACAAUAGAUUGAUCAAUGGCACUCUCAAGCGUGUGAUUGCGGCAUGGCGCGUUCUUGUUGGCGUAUGGGCGCCUAGGAGAUGGGAGCUUUCCCUGUCUGCGCUGUCUCAAUAUACAACACCGCUGGUGCCUCCUGAGAACCCUUGGAUCGACAAGAACCGUGCAAACUCCUCCACUCCGGGAACAUCAUCGCCACGCUCCUUACCACCACAGAUUACUGAUGAGCCGCCUGUCAAGUUCGCACGCCGCCGAAGGCCAUCGUCAAGAAGAAUUAUGAGGCAUUUGCUCCGGGCACGUGGAGAGGCUGUGAAAGCUCUUGCGGAGUUCCUGACGACCUUGGAGGCAAGCGGAGACGGUAAGAGUGUGAUCGCGAGCAUCCACUUGGCAAAGAGGUUCGGCUGGGUUGAAGAAAAUUCAUCCACGUCUUCUUCCGACAAUGGGGGAGAUGGCGAUGCAUUACCCGACGCCAAGGGAUACAGGAAAGCUCGCGAGGUGAUCGCAUUUAUUCGUGCCCGCGGUGGGAAGAUCGCAACGCUGGAUAGGAAGAUCGAGGGAGACUGGGUACUCAGCAGCGAUGAAGAAGGUACGGCAGGUGAGAGUGAGAAAGGUGAGGAUGAGGAAGAUUUGGUAUGGGUGCCGAGCAGCACGGGGCUCAAGCAGGAGGACGACUAGUGUACGCAUGCUAGGAUGAUCGAGGGAUGUGGGUACUUAUGGGCUUCGCACUUGUUUCAGGGUGAUUUUGCCUCGUCACUUUGGGCUGCUAUUACAGUUUGCAUUCUUUCCAACCUCAUUAUUGGAGUGCGUUUUGAUGCCCCUGCUUUCGGAAAAUGUACAGGCAGACAACUAACAGCACACUGAUACAACACCCUCGUUUCCACCCCGCUGAAGACAUGUUCUCAGCCCUGAAGAUCUUCUAUCUGUGGUCAAAUUAUGUUUUUGGAAAUAAUCCGGUGCUCGGACGGCAAUUAACGAGAUAUCCUUCAGGGUCACCAGGAGAACAUAGAGCCGCCACUUAUCUGCCUGUUCCUUGUUCUUUCUAGCCUAUAGGCCGUGAAGAACUACGACGUGCAAUGAAAACAAAAAUGAUGGAAAAUGUUUUACGUAAUUAUGGGGCGUCUGGCCUCUGUAGUGAGGUAGGAAGUCGAAACAAGAUU